GGCCAUUUACCUGAGGACCUUGCCCUCGGUCAACAUGGCUGCCGCUCAGCUAUUGCUUCUGACGUCAGUGAAGCCAGUUUGCCAUCAGUCAAGAUGGCGGCCCCCAGCCAGUGGCGGAGCUCCGUGGCGCGGCGGCUGUGGUGAGGAUGCACCCCGAUGGUGAACAGCGUCGAGUUUCCAUGUGGAAACCAGUGUGCAGGUUGAACCACCAGCUCCCUUCAUGAUCUCUUCAGAACUCGCAUUUUGUGCCUGUAUUCUACUCGGACACUUAGCCAGGGGGACUUUUGAGAGUAUUUUCUUAACCACAUAAACAGAGGUCAUAGCCAUCACUGCUGUUAUGGCCUGGGUACAAGCUGCAGUCAGCCAAUCCAGUGAGGAUAUAUUUGAUGAAGAUGCAGAUGAGAUGUGUCUACUACAGAAAGAAUGGAAUAGCACCAUGAAAAAAAGAUUGAAGGAAGGCUAUAGGGAUGGAAUUGAGGCUGGGAAAGAACUUGCACUCCAGGAAGGCUUUAAUCAAGGUUACAGACACGGUGCUGAGCUGAUGGUUACAUGUGGCCAGUUCAGAGGAACCCUGAAUGCUCUCUUAUCCUGGUGUCAUUUUAAUGGACAUGAUUCUGCUUUAAGUGAGAUAAAUAAUCUUCUUGAUGCAGUUGGAAAGCACGAAGAAGAUGUGCUGAAGUACCUGAGCUCUACUGAACAACAGCCACAUCUUGGACACAUUUUAGAUUCUGUUCAGGACAUGGACCUUAAUCACACAGCUCCAGGUGGGACAGAAUACAAUGAAGUUCAAGCUGGAAAACAUGCAGACGGUGGCAGCUCUGGUGAAAACACUUGCAGAAGUAAUGGUGACGUUGGUUCCUUGCAGUCUGAAUGCAGCAAGGCAAAACUCUGCACAGAUCCUGAAAAGUCAACCCUUGCUUGGGUUAAAAAGCAGACUAUUUGGCUAAUAGAGCAACUGGGCUUAUCACUGGAUAUACUCCAUCAUGUCCAGAAUCUGGAACAUUAGGUUUUCUGUUUCAUGGUAUUUAAAAUUAUCUCAGCUGUAUUUGAUUCUCAGUUUGUGGACCAUGGCUGAUGCAUCACUUCAUUUUAGGGAAGUCUGAUUUUGGUACUUUCCAUUAGAGAUAAUUCUGCAAAACUCCACGUUUUGGCUUCUGGCAAAAAAAAAGAAAAAAAACA